UGCCUCGCGACUUGUUUUUCGAGCCACCAUCCCAACUACCAACCAUUUGUGACUCACGGGAGUUGAACACAACGAGCCAACAUGACGACGGGUAACCUCAAGCCAACAAAGUCCACCAUGAGGGCGCAGCAAUUCAACCCCAAGACCAGCAAGCUGGAGCUCAACGAGAUCCCCAUACCAAAGCCCGGCCCGGACGAGCUGCUGGUCAAGGUCCUCUGCGCGUCGCUCUGCCACUCGGACCUGAUGCCCUUUGAGGCCAACGACAAGAUCCAGGUCAGCGCCGACGCGAGGCCUAUCACCAUCGGCCACGAGGGCAGCGGCGUCAUCGUCGAGGUCGGCGCCAACGGCCAGUCCGACUUCCAGCCCGGGCAGGAGGUUGGAUUCCUGCCCGCCAAGGACUCGUGCUUCGAGUGCCGCCCUUGCAAGACGGUGCACAACCUGUGGUGCGAAAAGGGCCAGGUCAAGAUGCAAGGGUUCGCGUACGACGGGUACUUCCAAGAGUACGUCAUCGUGGACCGGCAGAACACCAUGGUCCUCCCGCCGCAGCUCAAGGCGUCCGAGGCGGCGCCUCUAUUCUGCGCCGGGGUCACCGCGUUCAACGGCAUCGACGCCAUCAAGCUGCCCAGGGGCUCGUGGGUCGCCAUCAUCGGCACGGGCGGGCUCGGACACCUGGGCGUGCAGUACGCGAAAGCCAUGGGGUACAAGGUCAUCGGGCUCGACAUCACCGACGGCGCGGUGGCGACGGCAAAGGCCGCCGGCGCGGACUACGCGUUCAACAGCGUCAAGGACGCCGCGACGUACGUCGACGAGAUCAAGAAGAUCACGGGGGGAGGCGGCGUCGACGCCGCGGUCAACUUCACGGCCUCGAAGCGCGCGUACCUCGGCAUGCCGGACCUCAUCAGGGCGCCGGGGAUCCUCGUGGCGGUCGGCAUCCCUAACGAGUCGGUCGAGUUCAGCAUCUUCGACAUUGCGCUGGGCCGGUUCGAGAUCCGCGGCGCCAACAACGGGACGUGCUACACCAUGCCCAAGUGCAUCCAGUUCAGCGCGGAGCAUGGCAUAAAGCCCCACGUCGAGUGGUUCAAGCUGGAGGAGGUCGGCGCCAUGGUGGAGAAGAUGCAGCAGCACAAGGCGACGGGGCGGAUGGCUGUCCGGUUUGAGUGAUGUGGUCGGUCAGUUAUGGGAGUGGGUUUGCAACUUGUCACUUAGCGCUUGGAUUUUGUGUGUAUGUGUGUAGUAUCAAC